UCGGCGCUGGAGGGUGUAGCCGGCAAGAGCGAGCGCCGCGCUUCGCCUCAGGUGCGGCCUGGUGGCCUCAGGCAAUUUCAGAGAUGUCUUCCAGAAGUCCCAAAGAUUUACUUAAAAGUAAAUGGGGAACAAAGCCUAGUAACCCCAAAUCAGAAUCUGCAUUAGAGAAAUUUAAGGGAGAAAUUGCAGCCUUAAAAACAUCGGUGGAUGAAAUGACAAGUGGAAAAGGAAAGCUGACUGACAAGGACAGACAAAGACUUGUAGAGAAAAUUCGACUCCUAGAAGCUGAGAGGGAGAAGAAUACAUAUCACCUUACAGAGAAGGACAAAGAAAUACAGCGACUCAGAGACCAGCUGAAGGCAAGAUAUAGUUCGACCACAUUGCUUGAGCAGCUAGAACAGAAAACAAAGGAGGGUGAAAGGAGGGAACAACUGUUGAAAUCUUUAUCUGAAGAGACAGAUGUAUUGAAAAAACAGUUAUCUGCUACAACUGCAAGACUUGCUGAACUUGAAAGCAAAGCCAGUACACUUCGUUUAUCACAGACUGUGUCUGCAAGUUGCUUCAACUCGUCAAUGAGUAAUAUUCAUGAAAUGGAAAUGCAGCUGAAAGAUGCUCUGGAGAAAAAUCAGCAGUGGCUUGUGUAUGAUCAGCAGCGGGAGGUCUACGUGAAAGGACUUUUAGCAAAGAUCUUCGAGUUGGAACAGCAGUCAGAAACAGCCGCUCAGUCACUCUCACAGCAGACGAAAAAGACUGAAUCGGAAGGUCACCUCCAAGAAGAAAAGCAAAAAUAUUACAACCAUCUCUUGGCCAAUGCAAAAAAAGAUCUUGAGGUUGAACGACAAACCAUAACUCAAUUAAGUUUUGAACUUAGUGAGUUUCAAAGAAAAUAUGAAGAAACCCAAAAAGAAGUUCAAGAUUUAAAUCAACUGUUGAGUUCACAAAGAAAGGCAGAUGUACAACAUCUGGAAGAUGACAGGAAUAAAACAGAGAAAAUACAAAAGCUUAAGGAAGAGAAUGAUAUUGCUAGGGGAAAGCUUGAAGAAGAGAAGAAGAGAUCUGAAGAGCUCUUAUCUCAGGUCCAGUUUCUUUACACGUCUCUGUUAAAGCAGCAAGAGGAACAAACAAGGGUGGCUCUGUUGGAACAGCAGAUGCAGGCAUGUACUUUAGACUUUGAAAAUGAAAAACUUGACCGUCAAAACAUGCAACACCAAUUGCAUGUAAUUCUUAAGGAGCUCCGAAAAGCAAGAAAUCAAAUAACACAGUUGGAAUCUUUGAAACAGCUUCAUGAGUUUCCCGUCACCGAGCCAUCAGUCACCUUCCAAGGAGACACAGAAAACAGGGUAAAAGUUACCUCACCAAAAAGUCCUGCCGCACUAAACGAUAGUCUGGUGGAAUGUCCCAAGUGCAAUAUACAGUAUCCAGCCACAGAACAUCGAGAUCUACUUGCUCAUGUCGAAUACUGUUCAAAGUAGCAAAAUGGUUACUCUGUGUUUGUGUCAAAAGAUUCAAUACUGUAUCUUACCGGUUAGCUUUUGGACAUUUUGAAUUACAUAUUUCUCCUCUUGUAUAAAGAACUGCCUAUCUGCCUUUGAGAUCCUGGCACAUGAAUGAAUCAUUGUGUUUUUAUCUUUUGGCUGCUUUGCAUUUUCCUUGGCAGUGAUACCCCCUGAGAUGGCUCAUCAUCAGGCUUUAAUCAAACUGACAAAACAUGGUGGUGAUCCACCAAUGUGUCCUGAGACUACUAACAUUUUGCACUGUUAAGUACUUGAUGGAGAAAAGAUAGUUCAGGUUAUUGCUUGCUGCAAGCAAACAUUUUUUGUUCUGUGGCCUAUUUAAUGUACGUUGGGCUUUUAAAAAAAUCAGAGAUAACCAAGAAUCUUACUGUGUUAGUAUUACUUUUUAUCCAAGCACUCAGUAAACCUAGAAUUCAGAUUUUGAUGUCCAUUGUUAAAAAAAAAAGUGAUACUUUUUCCAUUUGUUUUUCCUUGUUGUUAUAGAGCAGUUAUUAGAAACAGUGGGAAUUUUCUUGAUCUUCAUUGCUGCUUCCUGUUGAAACUGUAAAAUUGGCUAUGUUUCAGGCACAAAGUAGGCUCUGUUUAAGUUAUACGCUUAAGGAGUCACCCACAAUGAUUACUCUCAUGCUAACUGGCUAUAGCUUUCAUUUGAAUUCCAUUAGCACAUGUUGGUCAGCUGAACUGUUAAAAUGAAUUUUAACAGAACCAUCUAGCCCUCUUAUUUGGUUUACAGAUAUUUAUUUUUGGCACUCUUAAAGCUGGGCAAUAUAAUGAUCAGAUAUUUGCUUAUCUGAAUAGAUAUUUUUAUACAUGCUUUGUGUAAACAAAUUUUUAAAUUUUUUUUCAAUUUUUCUGGAAUGCUUGACACAGCUACGGUUAGUAAUAUAAAAGAGAAAAGAAUAAAAUUAUUUAAUAAGUUUUAA